GGAGGAAGAAGGAGAUUGUGAUGGAGAACGGGGGUCUGUAAAACGUCAGGCACCGCACAAAGGCUUUGCCACGUAAUUACAGGCUCCUAUUAAGUCGAGAUCUGCCCUCCCAGGGGUCUCCAAUUUUCUUGUAUUCCCUACAAAGCCUCCUCUGCAUGCCAGUUUGUGCCUUUUGAAGUGCCAGAGAGCUUCUUGAUCCAACUGAGAAGGAAAAAGGAGCUCAGCAAGAAGAGGGGGAGAAAGCGAAGGGAACGGGGGAAACCCACCACCACCCUCCUUCGGACUCCUGAAGCCCUUUUUUUUCCUCCUUACGAAAAGUAAAGUGAGAAUCCUGCUCUCCAAUACAUCUGCAAGACAUCACCCUCUCCUCCUGAAACUUUAGUCACUCCUGAGAAUCCACAGGAGUGCGGAGAGGGGGAACACGUUUUCUUGAAGAUGUUUUAAAGCUGGAACAAGCCUUCUUCUGUUGGUGCUUGAACUCUUGCCUGGGAAUAACUUUUUUAACCUUAAAAAAAAAACCCACUUUGAUUCUUCUCUCCCACCCCGUCUUCUCUCUUCUUCUGUUUGCCUAACUCCCCCGCCCUGCUGGCCUCCCCUUUCCUCUCUCCCCCUUAUUAUUAUUUUUAGUGUAUGCGUGUGGACGCUUUGGAGAGCUGGAAGGAAUUUUUUUUUUCUCCUGACUUGAACAUAGGGUGACUUUUAAUUUUAUUUUUUGUGUGGAUUAUCUCUUUGGACGGCGCCGGACUUGGCCUCAGGAAAGCAACCGAGGCUGUCGAAGGCUGCUGGUGCAGAACGCUCUGCUCUACAGAAGGGGGUCCCCCGCCCUCUUUCCACUUUUUUGUUGUUGUUCUUCCCCUCCUUCCUUCUCUCUCUCUCUCUCUCUCUCUCUCUCUCUCUCUCCCUCUCCUCUCUCCUCCUCUCUCCUCUCUCUCUCUCCACUCCCCCCUCUCUCUUCCCCACUCGGCUCCUCUCCCCCCUCGCGCCCACAGCGUUUGGUGUUGAUUCGAGCGGGAAGAGGGGGGUGGGUGGGAUCGGAGGGGGAGACCAUGACCUCCAGCUACGGGCACGUUCUGGAGCGGCAACCGGCGCUGGGCGGCCGCUUGGACAGCCCGGGCAACCUCGACACCCUGCAGGCGAAAAAGAACUUCUCCGUCAGUCACCUGCUAGACCUGGAGGAAGCCGGGGACAUGGUGGCGGCGCAGGCGGACGAGAGCGUGGGCGAGGCGGGCCGGAGCCUGCUGGAGUCGCCGGGACUCACCAGCGGCAGCGACACCCCGCAACAGGACAAUGACCAACUGAACUCAGAGGAAAAGAAGAAGAGAAAGCAGCGAAGGAACAGGACAACCUUCAACAGCAGCCAGCUGCAGGCUUUGGAGCGUGUCUUUGAGAGGACACACUACCCAGAUGCUUUUGUGCGAGAAGACCUGGCCCGCCGGGUGAAUCUCACUGAGGCCAGAGUGCAGGUGUGGUUUCAGAACCGAAGAGCCAAAUUCCGCAGGAAUGAGAGAGCCAUGCUGGCCAAUAAAAACGCUUCCCUCCUCAAAUCGUACUCAGGAGACGUGACUGCUGUGGAGCAGCCCAUCGUACCUCGUCCUGCUCCAAGACCCACCGACUAUCUCUCCUGGGGCACGGCCUCUCCGUACAGCGCCAUGGCUACUUAUUCUGCCACAUGUGCCAACAAUAGCCCUGCACAGGGCAUCAACAUGGCCAACAGCAUUGCCAACCUGAGACUGAAGGCCAAGGAAUAUAGUUUACAGAGGAACCAGGUGCCAACAGUCAACUGAGGAAAAAAAUAAUUAAACAGGCCUAAGAAGAAAGCAAAAACCAUAAGACACCUAUCCUGCUCUGUCAUUUCUUCAUCUGCUGGAAAAAUAAAAAUAAAAACAAACAAACAAAAAACAGAACUAAACUAUUGGGACCAUGGCAGAGAAAAGCAGGAGAGGAGCAAAAUGAAAAUUAGUUAACAAAUGUUCCUCCUCCCUCUGGGAUACCACCACCACUUGUUUCUGUGUGUGUUAAUUUUGUUUUUCUUCCUAUUCAUAUGCUUUGCUUAAUAUACUCUGAGCUUCUUCAGUUAAGUUCGGCCCACCCACCCCCAUGAUUACAUGGGUUUUAAAAGAAUCCACAGCAGCCAAAGAAACCAGAAUAAUUGCCUAUAUUCUCCUCAUUGACCUGUCUGAACUUCAGUGCCUUACCUUAGCCUUCUUCCCAGCUCUCUGUAUAGAAGCUCUAGGAACUUCUGAAAAGCCAAAGUCUUUCUGAAAAAUCUGUGCCAGACAUAAUUCCCUUUCUCAUUGCCUCCAUCUCUGUUGGUCAUGGUAAGGUUUUCCCAUCAGCUACUGGGAAACAAUUGUGUACAACAUCUGGUGGCUGGCCUGUCUGAUCCAGUGUCAUUGUCUGUGUCUGGCUAAUUCUAAGCUCUAAGCUCUAGAUCUAAGCUCUAGAUUUAAGCUGUAAGCUAUAGAGGAUAAUAUCACCAUCACCACCAACCCUUCCCCCCUAUCCAAACAAUUAGCCAUCUUAAGUUAAAGAUAUUUGUUGUUUCUGGAUUUACUGUCACGGGCUAUUUGAUAGAAGAAAUAUUUUUCACUUGAGAGAGGAAGAGACAUUUUUCUAGGAAAACAAAGACUGAAUCGUGAAAGGCAUGGCCUACAUCUCUUUGGUGCCUUAAGGAUAGUCAGAUGCACACUUAUAUAUAUACUGUAUAUAUUUAUAUAUUAUAUAUAGAUAUAAAAUAUUUUUGCAAGCUUGAGUUUGCAGUUUUUCAAACACUACAAAGAGCAAAUUUCACACCAUCACCUGCGUCCUUGUCUCUACAGUGAUGAGACUUUUUAUUAGGGAUCCUCUUUCCUUUCUUUCUCUACACAGAGCAAUUGAUAGGGCAACUGUUUGAGAACAGGUCCAAUUUUCACAUUAGGGCUUUAAAUAAAUUAGAAACUAUUUGAGGCUAUGAAAAUGUCCUUAAGCCUGAAGCCCACGCUCUGGUGGAAUGCGGAUGCAUCCUGAUCUGUCACGGGAACUACACUUAGAAGAGGGAAAGCCAUUUAGUCACCCACCCUUUUCCCACUCAACAGGAAUCUGCAAGACACAUGUUUAAGUGGAAUUCUUAAAAGUCUACCUAAAUUCUAAACCUUUAAAAGCCAACUGUGGGCUGUUUUUGUUUCCUAAUAUUUUGAAAUAAAGUUUAGUAUCUAGGGCUGGGAGCCAGGACUGACCUUUUCUUUGUUUCUUUCUCUUUGUUUCUGGCCAUGCUUUUGUAACUUGUCAGGUAGACUUGACCAAAACACAUUACCAUGCUGUGCCUUGGUUUACCUUUUUGUAAAAUGGGUUUAAACAAUAUACCUACCUCACAGGGGUGUUGUGAGGCUCUAAUCAUUUGCUACUUUGUCCUUUCCUGUAUUCUCUGUAUGUCCAGCACUCUGUAGCCAUGGGAGGAAAGGGACUAUAAAAGUAUACAAUGUUAAUAGAAGGAUACGGUACCCAGAAGCCUUGUUGUCUAGCAAGGAAAUGCUACCUUGCUGUAAAAACUUACAUUUGGAAAUGAGAAAUAGGUUUAUAUUUUCAGACCUCUCAAAAAGCACAUCAUUUGAUCAAAAAUUAAUUUAAGACAUUUAUUUGACUUUUAUUUUCAUCCUGACCAACUUGGGUUCUAAUAAUUUCUGUUAUCAGUGAUUGAAAAGCUUUAGAUUGAUUUUGGCCAAAUAUGGCAACUCUAAGUGACAGACAAGGAUUUGGGAUUUAAGAUGCACUCUCAGUACACGUCUGUUAUUUCCCCUGGCAUAUCAGAUUGAGCUAAUGGCGGUGUUUUUUCAGUCAAACAGCCACCAAUCUGAAAAUGUAUUUCAAAUGUUGAUUUCGUACUUCUCUUAAUAAGAAGGAAGACCAUUGUAUGCAUUUUGCUUUCAUCAACUGAUUCCCUCAUCUUUUAGUCAACUAUUAGAACACUUCUUACUGAAUGGCUUCUGUAGCCUGGCUGAACAACACACAUCACUUGCUCCCUAAAGUUUUCUUCAACUAAUUCUUUUGUCCCACUAGCUGAUGCAUAUUAUCAACUUUCAAAGGAAAGUGUAUUAUAACAGAUUAAAACAUUCUUUGUGAAAAGAGUGCAAUCCAAGAAAUUGCUGAGAUUUUGGAAUUCAGAGAGAACGGCUAAAAGAGGAAUCUGAGUUAUAGUUCAGGGGAGAGAAAUCAUACAUGAAAGGAUUUUGUCAAAAGCGAGGAAUAUUAGAAGAGGGAGUAAGAGUCAUGUAAAACCAAACCAUUUGAGAACUUCAUCCUGAUACUCAUUUUCAGUGGUGAACAGAAAAGUCUGACUCCAUAACCCCAAUGCUCGGUGAAACUAGGCAGUUUUACCCAGUGCCUGGGCAAGUGCUGUCUGGGGAUAUCACAGAGCAACCAAUGCUGUCAGCCACAGGAGCUUUUACUGCCAACCAAUACCACACGCAUCUAUUAUCUAAGCACCCGAUGGAGAAGUGCGCACAGGGUACAAGCACUCAAUUUUGUUCACUCGUUAUUGAUUCUUUAAAAAAUAGGGGUUUGAGAUGUGAUUUGGAGGAACAGCCUUCUGGCUCCUAAGCCAGGUAUCAAUAGAGGGCCUCAGAGCCACAAAGGUCAGAGGCAUGUCCUUGUUCAUCACCAUCAUUAUACCCAGAUAACAGAUGAAUACUUACGAACUGUCUAUCUGUGUCCCCAAUCCCUCCCCAAACAAAAUGCUGACUUGUAAGAUACUUGGCAGGUUAAAUCAAACCAGAAGAGGAGAUCGGAUAAAAAAGGGAAUGACAUGACAUUUAGGAUAUAAAGAUCUCAUAAGAAAUGUAAUAUGUAAAUUAUAUCUUGCUUUAUGAUGUAAAAUAUACAUUGUUUGCGCUAGAAUAGAAAUGAUUCCUUUUCAAUAAAAAGAAA